CCCCCCUUCUCUGAUCAGGAUCAGCAAUCAACUCGCUACAAACCUCCAGCAACACAUCCACCACCACCACCACCACUAACAGAUCCGCACCAUGCGUCUCCCCUACGUCCCGAACCCGCCCGAGACCACGUCCGAGGAAGAGGCGGCGAUCGUGGAGCGCAUCAAAGCCCGGCGCGCCCCCCGGCCGCUGCAGGCCCUCGACCUGACGCUGCUCCACUCGCCGCCGGUCGCGGACGGGUGGAACUCGUUCCUGGGCGCGGUGCGCACCAAGACGACCCUGCCCGCCGACCUGCGCGAGAUCGCCAUCGCGCGCGUCGCCGUGGUCAACCGGGCCUGGUACGAGUGGAUGCACCACGCGCCGCUGGCCGAGCAGGGCGGCGUCAGCAAGCAGGGCAUGGAGGUGAUCAAGCGGGAGGACCCGCUCUUGCUGGAGGCGCCCGGAGGCGCCGUCCCCGCCGGCCUGACCGAGAAGCAGUGGCUCGUGGCCUGCUACGCCGACGAGAUGACGCGGAACGUGCAGGUGAGGGACGAGACGUUCGCCCGGUUGAGGGAGGCGUUUGGGGACAGGGAGGUCGUUGAGAUUACGGCGACGGUCGCUUGCUACAACUGUGUGAGCCGCUUCCUGGUGGCAUUGGAUGUCGGCGAGAAGAACGGUCUUGGACCCGAUGCAGUGCACUAAAGGAGCAGGGGGGGUUGGGGAAGGGGGGAAACGGCCUUUGAGGGCUUUACCGGGUCAGAGUCGAGUUACAUAUGCGUCAAGGGCACUUGGUCGCUUGGUCACCAGAUGUAGAGACUCUUGUAAGGGGAACUCGAGCUUCUUAAUGGCCGAC